CAAUUUUCAUCUAUCAACGACGCUUCAACUGCCGCCAACAACGGCUGCUCUUUUCUCUUCAUUGACCCAGCCGGUCUAUUUACAGCUGCCAUGGUCUGCUCGAUACGGCCUAGUUGUCUUUUUGCGCCACUUUGGAACCCGUGAGUGAAGGACGGGGGGCAAGGGAUCGUCCCGACUAGGUGCACAUCAAAAAGCACAGGCCAAGGGUGAGGUGAGAAAGGACGGAAAAAUCCUUCCACGGAGGACAAAGAAAACCAUGGACUCUACAGAUGAAUACAUGCAGUCAUCUGCUCCCAGAGCUGCCGACAUCGGGGAUUCGCCGCUGUUGCCGCAGCCCUCCCGGGGCAGCCGUCGCCAGGGUCAGCGCAUGCUGGCUACCGUAUACGACGCUGUUGCAGGAAGGGUCACCUAUGAUGGAGUGUUGCGAGAUGAGGGCCAGGACCAGAGGAAAUUUCAGCCUGGGAUCGUCGACCAACGAUCGGCCCGAGACGGCUUCAAGCUUGCUCCAGAUGAUGUCUUGUUUCGCCGCAAGGACGCUCCGGAACGCUAUGCAGAGCAUGACAUCUACCGCGCGCACGAUUGGGAGCUGCCCAACGGCGGGCAGGGCGUCUUGCCACAGAGCGAUCUUCUCAAGGCCAUCCACGAGUACUCAUCCGAGUUUUACGGAGCCCUGAACCGCAACCAACGGGUGCUCGAAAGUGGACGUAAUUUGGACGAGCGCAGCAUGGAUGAGACGGCGCUGUUAGCACUAGGUAUCCUGCUAGAGGAGGCAGGGCGAGAGGUUCUAGGUCAACGAGGGCAUCUUGUCUUCACUAAGGGCAGCACCCAGGAUAAUUAUGACGACGGCAGCGGUGAGCAGGAGUGGCAAGGAGGCAAUGCGGCGCAGGACUCUGGCGGUGAUUCAGUGGUGGGCCAUGAAGACUCCAGGUCCCGACAGCCGGGGCGGAAACGAAGAAAGCUUGCGAAAGCAGAUGACGACUGAUUGUAACGUUGGCUCGGUAUUGCCAUGAUGAGAUUGUCGCUCUGCAGGGACUCUACCAUGGAAAAAAAAAAAAAAAAAAAAAAAAA